AUGGAAGUAGCUGGCGGAGCCGGGGGCGGGGCCGGCCCCGAGGAAGUGCGGCAAUGGCAUGGCAUUCUGGGGCCGGAAGUGGAGUACACGUUGUGGGGGGCGGGGGGGAGCCGUAAAAGGCGCCUGGCAGAAUUGACCGUGGAUGAGUUCCUGGCGUCGGGAUUUGAUUCCGACUCGGAGUCGGAACCCGAAGGCGCCCGGGAGGCGAAGACGCAGGACACGCACAGAGCUGCCCGGAUCCCAGAGGGACCAGGCGAGAACCCCUCGGGCAGCCGGCGUAAAGGCCGUGCCUCUGAGCACAAGGACCAGCUCUCUCGGCUGAAGGAGAAAGACCCUGAAUUUUACAAGUUUCUACAGGAGAAUGACCAGAGUCUGCUGAACUUCAGUGACUCAGAUAGUUCUGAAGAUGAAGAAGAAGAGUUCCACUCCCUGCCAGACACACUGGAGGAAGCAAGUGAGGAGGAAGAUGGACCAGAAGAUGGGGAGACUGGAGGCAGAGCUGCCAGUGGACUGAAGGGAAAGAAGGAUUCUGCCUCUGUGACCCUAACCAUGGUCGAGCAAUGGAAGCAGGCUGCAAAGCUGCACCUCAGUCCAAAGCUGUUCCAUGAAGUCGUGCAGGCAUUCCGAGCAGCUGUGGCCACCACCCAAGGGGACCAGGAAGGUGCUGAGAUCAACAAAUUCCAGGUCACAGACAGCACAGUGUUCAAUGCUCUGGUCACUUUCUGUAUCAGAGAUCUCUUCAGCUGUCUCCAGAAGCUGCUGUUCAGAAAGGCACCGAAGGACAGCAACAGGGUGCUGCAGCCAUCCAGCAGUCCGCUCUGGGGGAAGCUCCGCCUGGACGUCAAGACAUACCUGACCUCGGUCGUGCAGCUGGUGACCUGUCUGGCUGAGGCCACGGUGUCGGCAGCUGUCCUCCAGCACAUCAGCAGCUUGGUCCCCUACUUCCUGACCUUCCCCAAGCAGUGCCGCAUGCUGCUCAAGAGGAUGGUGGUCCUGUGGAGCACUGGAGAAGAGUCUCUGCGGGUGCUGGCCUUCUUGGUCCUCAUGAGAGUCUGUCGGCACAAGAAGGACACCUUCCUGAGCCCCAUCCUCAAGCAAAUGUACAUCACGUAUGUGAGGAACUGCAAGUUCACCUCCCCCAGCGCCCUGCCACUCAUCAACUUCAUGCAGCGGACUCUGACCGAGCUGCUUGCCCUGGACCCUGCAGUCUCCUACCAGCACGCCUUCCUCUAUAUCCGCCAGCUCGCCAUCCACUUGCGCAAUGCCAUGACCACUCAUAAGAAGGAGACAUUCCAGUCUGUGUACAACUGGCAGUACGUGCACUGUCUCUACUUGUGGUGCCGGGUCCUGAGCACCAUCUGCCCCAGCGAAGUCCUGCAGCCUUUGGUCUAUCCCCUCUCCCAAGUUGUCAUCGGUUGUAUCAAGCUCAUCCCCACUGCCCGCUUUUACCCGCUGCGCAUGCACUGUGUGCGUGCCUUGACCCUGCUCUCAGAGAGCACAGGGACCUUCAUCCCAGUGCUGCCCUUCAUCCUUGAGAUCUUCCAGCAGGUUGACUUCAACAAGAGGCCAGGGCGCAUGAGCUCCAAGCCCAUCAACUUUUCCGUGAUCCUGAAGCUGUCCAAUGUGAACCUGCAGGAGAAGGCAUACCGGGAUGGCCUCGUAGAGCAGUUGUAUGACCUCACCCUGGAGUAUCUGCACAGCCAGGCCCACAGCAUUGCAUUCCCUGAGCUGGCACUGCCCGGUGUCUUACAGCUGAAAUCCUUCCUCCGGGAGUGCAAGGUGGCCAACUACUGCCGGCAGGUGCGCCAGCUGCUCGAGAAGGUGCAGGAGAAUAUGGAGUACAUCUGCAGCCGCCGCCAGAAGGUCUCCUUUGGCGUGUCUGAUCGGCAUGCAGUGGAUGCAUGGGAGAAGCAGACCCGGGAAGAGGGGACCCCACUUACCAGGUAUUACAGCCACUGGCGGAAGCUGAGGGACCGAGAAAUCCAGUUGGAGAUCAGCGGCAAAGAGCGGCUGGAAGAUCUGGACUUCCCAGAGAUCAAACGGCGCAAGGUGGAAGACAGGAAGGACGAGGACAGGAUGGAAUUCAAGGAUCUCUUUGACUUGGACAGUGCUGAGGAAGAUGCCACCGACUUCCUAGAGAGAGGGAUUCCUGGCUCCCUGAGAGCUCGGCAGGAAGUGGAGAACGAGGAGGAGGAAGACAACGGAGAUGAGGAUGACAGCCUUAAAUCAGUAGAUGGAGACGCAGACAAAGAGGCGGGGCUGGACCCCGGGGAGCUGUGGCAGCUGGCCCAGGGGCCAGAGGACGAGCUGGAGGAUCUGCAGCUUUCAGAGGAAGACUGAAGUUGGCCCUGCCUGAGGGCCUGCAGGGGCUGGUAGGCCUAGAGGCCCUGAGGUCACAGGGCAAUGGAUGGAGGACAGGCCUUUAUUUUUAUGGCAUAACAGACCAAACGUACCAGGAGCUGUG